AUGGAGACGUACCACGGCCACGUGCGCACGCCCAACGACGCCAUUGUGCUGUUCGAGGCCUGUCGCAUUGGCAUCCUGCCGCGGGUGCAGCGCCGCCUCUCGGAGAAGGAGCGCCAGCAGAUCAAGUCGGGCUCGGUGUUUGUGUGGGACGAGCGCGAGGCGGGCAUGCGGCGCUGGACCGACGGCAAGUCGUGGAGCGCCAGCCGCGUGUCGGGCAGCUUCCUGACGUACCGCGAGAUGGAGGGCAAGCGCGGCGGCAGCGCAGUGCCCACGGCGCCGGCGGUCAAGCGCGCCAGCGCAAAGUCGCCCGACGACUCGGCGACGGGCGACUCGGACGGCGAGGGCCCGGACGGCUACCGCUACAAGGCCGACGGGCUGAUGAAGCAGUCGUUCAGCAUCACCACGUCGGGCGGCCAGCACCUGCACCUGAUCAGCUACUACUCGCGCUCCAACUCGCUCAACCUGGCCCAGCCCACCAACGACGCCCAGCUGCGACACAUCCGCCCGCCCAAGAACAUGUACCCGGAGGCCUCCAUCAACGAGGUCCACGCCGUGCCGCCCGUCACCCGCGGGCCCAUGCCGCCCUCGCCCUACAGCGCCCCCGCACACAGCCUGACGCCGACGUCGCCCUAUGCUCGCCCCGGCCCCGGCCCAGCACCCGCACCUGGCCAUGGACACGCACACUCGCACGCCCAUGCCCACGCCCACGCACAUGCGCCAACACCGCCCAUGUACGCCGUGCCCGUCUACCCGCCCACGCCCCCCAACGGCACGCCCCCGCUGCACGCCUACUACACGCACAACCCCUACUUCUACAGCCCCAUCAUCUACGCCCAGCCGCCCUACCACCACCCCCAGGCCCAUGCCCACGCCUACGACCGCCCGCCGCCCGCCAUCGCCAGUCCUCCCGGCCACCCCAUGCUCGCCCACCACGCCCACGCCGCCUACGCUGCACACGCCGCCCACGCCGCAGCCUACCAGUCGCCGCAGUACAUGCAAACUCCCCCGGCCCGCGCGCCUUCGACCGCCGAGCUGGCCCAGCACCAGUCCGCCCCACCACCCCCACACUCUGCGCCCCCGUUCCCCGAGCAGGGCCCCCAGCUGCCCGCCAUCAACGGCUCCGCUGCUGCAGACAAGCCGCCCACGCCAGAACCGGACAAGUCGCACCCUCAACCCACCGCCGAUGCGCCGACACCCCGCCCGCUCCCCACGCUGGGCUCCCUCCUCAACGGCGACGGCGCGGACAAGGAGGCCCAGAACACCAGUCGCUCAGGCAGCCGCAGUCCCAACACCGCCACACGAUUCCCCCGCGAUCUGGCGCCGGAGCGACUGGCCAAGAACAGCUCGGCAGCGGAUAGCAACGCGUUGAAUAAGCUCAACAGCGUCUUUGUGCGGUCGUGA